AUCCACUGAAACGAUGCCGGAACCAGCGAAGGCUCCAGCGCCCAAGAAGGGCUCCAAGAAGGCGGUGACCAAGGUCCCCGGCAAGACCGGCAAGAAGAGGAGGAAGAGCCGCAAGGAGAGCUACGCCAUCUACGUGUACAAGGUGCUGAAGCAGGUGCACCCCGACACCGGCAUCUCCUCCAAGGCCAUGGGCAUCAUGAACUCCUUCGUGAGCGACAUCUUCGAGCGCAUCGCCGGGGAGGCCUCCCGCCUGGCUCACUACAACAAGCGCUCCACCAUCACCUCCAGGGAGAUCCAGACCGCCGUCCGCCUGCUGCUACCCGGGGAGCUGGCCAAGCACGCCGUGUCCGAGGGCACCAAGGCCGUGACCAAGUACACCAGCUCCAAGUGAACUGCUGCAGGGACCCGCUGCCACACAACGGCUCUUUUAAGAGCCACCCACCGGCUCCCGGAGACAAACCGUCCUGAUGCUUCCACUCACACACUCACUGGCUCCAUUCUCAGUCUCAAUCAAUCAAAUUGUAUUUGUACAGCCCAUAUUCACAAAUCACAAUUUGUCUCAUAGGGCUUGUCACAUGUGAGACAUCCUCUGUCCUUAACCCUCAGCAAGAGUAAGGGAAAACUACUAAAAUCCUUUUAACAGGUAAAAAUAUGUAGAAACCUCAGACACAUGUGAGAAUCCAGCAAGGACAGAAGUGCAAUAGAUGUCAAGUGAAGGAAAACAUCAAGAUGUAGUUUUUACCAGCAUUGAUGAGGGUAAACAUGGUCACAUGGUUCACAUGAAUCUUAAUGAGACUCGCCACUCAUCAAUAUGAUCACAAACAGAGGAUUCUGAUUUAAACCUCUAACUACUUCCCAACAGUUUGUUUGCAGCAGCUUCAGCUGACACGUGUUUAUGACACUUAUUAACAGAUGCUGGAUCAGGGGUAAAGAAAGUGAUGUGAUAACACUGAGUGUUCACAGUGUAGAUGCUUCAUACAAUAAUGACCUCGGACAGAUUGAUGAAUAAUCAUUAUUGUAUAUAAUCUGUCACCGCAGAUCCACUUCCUUCCACUGAACAGAACUCAUUUAACCAUCAAACACAUAUCAGUCCAUGUCUCGUCUGCUAAUAUGGAGGAGCAGGGUUUAGUCCCUGGUGCACGGGUCACACCGGGACAUGAACCCAGAACUUUGCAACUAGUAUUGAGAGGAUGUGGUGAUAAAACUUGGUGUCACUUCACCAUGAGAAGGAAAAUACUGAUGUGUUGUUACCGGGCCUUUGUGUCUUUGUUGAGGAGAUUCUUCCAAACUUUGUUUUACCAGCAAUUUCAGAAUUAUUGAUCGGUAAAGAACACAUGUCUUCUUUAUUAUGUAUUCAUCAAGUUGUCUGUGAAUGACUAAUAAAUUAUAUUUUAAAGGAGAAGAGAAAUGGCCUCUUAUAAGCCACUAAGAGGCCAUAUUUAUCAUCCUUCACACAGACAAUUUGAUAUACAUAUAAAAAAAUACAUAUAUACUAGUUGUAAAGUACUGAGUUCAUGUCCCUUCAGCUGUAGAUCAA